CAUGACACCGUGCUCAAGCUACCUAGGUACACCGACAACCCAUUUCAACACCUGAAUCAGCUGCUUUGAAUUCCCAUACCUUGGCCACCCCACAAUUACGCCCUGCCCAUGCCGCACGCCGAAAAUGUCUAACAACAAUGCCGCAUUCCCCAACGUGUGGAAACAGAUGGGCUAUGACCCUCCCCGCGGCAGAUGCAACUUCAACAAAUCAUAUAUCACGUCAGGCUGCCCGUGCUUACGCUUCAUGCUUCACCCACUGAAGAGUGCCUCCGGCUUCGAAUGCGACGGCUGCGGUCACCACGCCUCCUUCCAUGAGGUUGCCAAUCUACCCGAAGAGAGGAUUCGGCUGCUCUUGAAAGACCUGGACUACAACAAGAAAGAAGAGGAAAGAGAAAGACGCAAGAAGCGCCAGCGAACGCUGGACUAUGACGAUGGCGACAACAGCAAAAUCUCCUCGGCCGGCCGCUUGCUCGAAGAGGAUGACCCUACGGGGAAUGAUGCGAGGGAGAACCGUAUGCCGGGUGGUCUAACAUCCGUGUUCAAUGCCAUAACCGCAAGGAACAGCGGGAGGACAACACGGACUACGAGAUCAAGUGCGUCCCGUGCGUCGAUGAGGCGGGCGAGGGGCACGAACAAGGAGGCAUCGGAUAGCGAAUAUCAGGAUGUGAUCUCGGUGGAUUGAUCAUAUCGCGAUUGGCAAGGGGCAUGCAAUCAGUCAUACUCCUUGCAAGCGCGACUUCGGGAUUGAAAAGGGAAAGGAACGGACUGGCGUCUCACGGACCGGCGUCUCAUUUGAUCGGGACUUGGUUAAGGAAAAUGCGUAUAUGAUACCCAAUACACACACACUACUUUCUACUCGAU